AAGAAGUUGGGAGGGAAGAAAAAAGGCGAGAUCUUUGCCUCUUUGGAACAAGAAAUGGACUACAGCGAGUGAAAGAGUAGGGACCAAUGGAAGCCGUUGUCAGGAUAAAUGGUGUCGUAGCCGUAGUACGCAUACCAUCCCCAACCUCUCAAGAAAAGUGAAAACAUCACUCUCUUUCUGUUUCCCUUCUCUCUGUCUCUGUUAAAUAAUAACCCAUCAGGCAUUAGCUCACUGAGCCCCGUGUCAUUUGCUCAUCGGAAGCUCUCGAUACCCAGAGAAGCUAGCUAGGAACACGCCUUGUCUCUUUAAUUCCCAGCACCCCCAAUUCGAAUUCCAACUUCACGCACUGUCCUACUCUAAUGAACCACAAUCCCUGACAGGAUUAUGGAUCCUCCUUUGAUAAAUGAGACCUCCUUCUCUGCAGCUAAUCCAUCUUCCUACACUUUGACCGAGAUUUGGCCUUUUCCUGCAGUUAAUGGACAGGCGGAUGGGAGUGGUGGGUUGGGUCUCCGAAUGGGGAAUUUGGCUGGGGGAUUUGGGGAACGAGAUGGGUCAUUGGAGGAAUCCACCGUGACGGAGCAGAGCGUUGGUGGAGGCGGUGGGAUUGUAAGGAAGAGGAGGGAUUUCAGCUCAGAAGACGAGUCCUCUAAGAUGGUUUCUACUUCCAGCAGUGGCAACGAAUUGAAUUCAAAUGGUAAGCGGAUGAAAACAUCAGUAUCAAAGAAUGAGUGUAGCAAUUCAAAAGCUGAAGUAGAACCAAAUUCUGCUGCCAAUAAGAAGGCGUCGGAGAACAACAGUAAACUCUCUGAGCCACCUAAGCAAGACUAUAUUCAUGUGAGAGCAAGAAGGGGUCAGGCAACUGAUAGUCACAGUUUGGCUGAAAGAGCCAGGAGAGAAAAGAUAAGUGAGAGGAUGAAGAUACUCCAAGACUUGGUUCCUGGGUGUAAUAAGGUUAUAGGUAAAGCACUUGUUCUUGAUGAGAUAAUUAAUUACAUUCAAUCAUUACAGUGCCAAGUUGAGUUCUUGUCAAUGAAGCUAGAAGCAGUUAAUUCAAGAAUGAACAUGAACCCCACAAUUGAAAGCUUCCAUCAAAAAGAUGUUGGUGGACAGCCAUUUGAAGCUCCUGCUGCAAUGAGCUUUGGCCUUCAAGCAGCAAGAGAUUAUGCUCAAGCAUCAAAAUCUGAAUGGCUGCAUAUGCAGAUUGGUGGAAAUUUUCAAAGGACAACAUAAUCGAUCAACAAGAAUCAUUCUUCUGUUAUCUUUACUAGCAGGGAAAUUCAUUACUAGGUUCUGCAUAACUGUGGAACCCAUAAGCAUAAUUGUUAUUGAAGCCUGUAUCAUUACUAGAAAAUGCAUCUAAUACUUACCUGUGUCAUCAGAUGAGCCUCAACUCCUAGGUAGAAGAUGUUGUAUUGAAGAUACUUUUGUGUGCUAUGAAAUUAAAAGUGAUUGCAA